AUGCAUGCAUUUCAACGAGACGCGCUGCUGCACAUUGUUUCACGCGAGUGUGAGGGCGCAUGCCAGGCCGCUAGCGGGGGUUUUGAACGUAAUAAUAAUUUUAAAAAAAAAACAACUAAUAAUGAGAAUGCUGCGUUAGCUGCCGCAGUCCAACGCACCCCUGAGAUGUUGGAUUCGACGAAGGAAGUAGUGGGCGGUGUACGUUUGCUACGUGAUCUUUUUCUUAGGCAGGGGAUUUUGAAUGGGGUCGAGCAGCUCAGCCUUCGAGGGAUGCUGGAGGGGAUCUACCCUGCCUCAUCCCACAGAUGCUGCGCCGGUUCAAGUUAA